AUGGCGACUACUUCACCAUUUGGCUUUCCCUAUCCUGACCUUCCCUCACACACAGUCUUGGGUUACGGUGUGUAUGGCAGCGAAGGAGAUGCGACCUCGAACAGGAAAUUGCAUCAUAUAAAGCACCAACAAGUAUCGAGCACAGCGCAGAUUGACAAUAGACCCAUCGAAGAAAUGCCUUACCAGUCUGGCGAAUUUGUUGCAAUAAAGAGUGAAUUAAAUGAGAUGUGGCCGGCUAUAUGGAGAGUGGACGGCAAGACGCUGUUACAGAAGUAUGAACCGUUUGAAAAUGAUGGAAAAGUACUGUAUAGGAAUAUAUCAACGUAUGCAGCAUGGAAUCCUGAGAAUAAAAAACUCUAUACCCAAGUCCCAGUGAAAGUUCGAUCGCAGUCCCAUUUAGAAACGAUAGUAGAAUUAGUGAGAAGCGAGUUGCAAGGGGAUGAAUGUAAUUUUAUAGAAAAAAGGAUGUUAGAAACACAAAUGUACCAAGAAAACUUUGAAGUUUAUAUACAGACGUUAAUAUCGCACGCUUUGGAUCCAAAUUUCCUCACGGAGAUUUUCCAAGAGCAAGAUGAAUACUUCCUAUCCAACGUCAAAACUGUUGACGAAGUGACUGAAAGUAUGCGUCAACGCGUGUCGUGUAGUAACGCGAGGUCGUUGGAUGCAGCCGUGGAUGUGUGGCCAGGGCUGAGCGUCGCAGCGGGAGGCUCCGGGGCCUGCCGGGCCUGCACUAGGCCCGCUGUGGCCCGAUUACUGCUGUAUGGACAACCCUAUAACCCAGCAACCCUUGAACCUGUGCAACCUAACGCCAGGCUCGCAUAUGAGAAGGAAUUCCUAUUAUGCACAACAUGUUGCGGUCGAGUACAAUUAUACUCUAGAAUAUCACAUCAAAAGUACCUCAUGUAUGCUGAGUGUAGUAAACGUGUGGCUGAGAAGAGGAUGCAGAACCCCAGUAAAGACACAACAGACAUACUCAACGAACUAUUAGCGGACGAGGUGUGGCUGUCACAGUUGUUCCGUGACGUUCGACAUUCGUGGGCUGAAGCGGAAUCAUGGGAAAGGAAAAUGAGACAGGUCAUGACACGACAAAUGAUUUAA